CAAGGUCCUCUUGGCUCACUAGUUUUCAUUGAGGAUCUCGAGAAGUCUGAAAACUUUCUCUCUCACUCAGGGAUUUUCAAGAGGAAGAGAGAGAAAGAGACAGAAAAAGACAAGAGGACAGAAGACAGAAAAGAGAAAAAACAUAAAAGGGGAGAAGAAGGGAAAAGAGGACAGAAAAGGAGAGACAAGGAGAGAAGAUGAUGGUGUCCUUCUUCUCCAUUGUACCAGGACAUCCCGCUCUCUUCGCUCUCUCGCUGCUCGGCAUUGUGGGAUUGUUUCCGGACGUCUCUCGGGGAUUCCCGAGUGAAGAUGAGGAUUAUUACAUGCAGGAGCUGUUGAGCAGGGAGCAUUAUUACCGCGUUCCUGUCCUGGAGGAGAGCGCGGUGGAAGGUCAUGAACUUUCCACACCACCUGUCCACAACAAACCCAAAACCCCGGGGAAACAAGCUGGAGGAAAGACAAAGUCAGUGAAAUCUUCAAACAAGAAGGCUGAGAAAACUGCUAACAGCAUCAGUGAAGCAGACGGACAUUACCGGUCCGAGAGAGUGGAUUGCCCGCCUCUCGGCCUGGAGACUCUGAAAAUCGAUGACUUCCAGCUUCACGCCUCCAGCAUGCAGCGGUACGGUCUGGGAGCUCACAGAGGACGACUCAACAUCCAGGCUGGUCUGUAUGAGGACGAUCUGUACGACGGAGCGUGGUGUGCAGGCAGGAACGACCCGCUGCAGUGGUUCGAGGUCGACGCCCGGAGACUCACCAAAUUCACCGGAGUCAUAACACAGGGCAGGAGCUCACACUGGUCGAGUGACUGGGUGACGUCGUACCGAGUUUUGGUCAGCAAUGAUUCACACACCUGGGUGACUCUGAAGAAUGGCUCCAGAGACCUGCUGUUCAUUGGCAAUAAGGAGAAGGAGAUCCCAGUGCUGAACAAAUUCCCCAGGCCUGUGGUGGCGCGCUACAUCCGGAUCAACCCGCGCUCCUGGUACAACCACGGCAGCAUCUGUAUGAGGGCGGAGAUCCUGGGAUGCCCCUUACCAGAUCCUAAUAAUUAUUACCACCGCCGCAAUGAAAUCACCACCACAGACAAGCUGGACUUCAGACACCACAAUUACAAAGAGAUGAGGCAGUUAAUGAAGGUGGUGAAUGAAAUGUGCCCGAAUAUUACCCGGAUUUAUAACAUCGGGAAGAGCUACAACGGACAGAAACUCUACGCUAUAGAGAUAACAGAUAAUCCAGGAGAACAUGAGCUGGGUGAGCCGGAGUUUCGCUACACGGCGGGUUCCCAUGGCAACGAGGUGCUGGGGCGUGAACUCCUCCUCCUGUUAAUGCAGUUCUUAUGCGUGGAGUAUCGCUCCGGUAACCAACGGAUACGACACCUGGUUCGCGAGACGCGGAUCCAUUUACUGCCAUCGGUCAAUCCAGACGGAUACGACAAGGCCUCAGAGGCUGGCUCGGAGUUGAGCGGAUGGUCUUUGGGUCGAUGGAGUCAGGACGGCAUGGACAUCCACCAUAACUUCCCUGACCUGAACAAAAUUCUGUGGGAAGCCGAGUCUCGGAAAUGGGUUCCACGCAAGUUCCACAACCACCACAUACCCAUUCCUGAGUGGUACCAGUCCAAAAAUGCCACGGUUGCCAUGGAGACGCGGGCACUGCUGGGAUGGAUGGACAAGAUCCCCUUCGUCUUAGGGGGCAAUCUUCAAGGCGGCGAGUUGGUAGUGACCUUCCCUUAUGACCGGACUCGACAAUCUGGAGUUCUGAAGGGGGCCACGCCCACUCCGGACGACCCGGUGUUCCGCUGGCUGGCGUUCUCGUACGCGUCCACACACCGGCUGAUGACAGCCCCGACGCGCAGGGUGUGUCACACACACGACUUCGCCAAAGAGGACGGCAACAUCAACGGGGCGUCCUGGCACACGGCCGCAGGAAGUAUGAAUGAUUUUAGCUACCUCCACACCAACUGCUUUGAGCUGUCCAUGUACGUGGGCUGUGACAAGUUUCCUCAUGAGAGCGAGCUGCCUGAGGAGUGGGAGAACAACCGCGAGUCUCUGCUUGUGUUCAUGGAGCAGGUUCAUCGGGGUAUUAAGGGUGUGGUGAGGGACAUGCAGGGGAAAGGCAUCGCCAAUGCCAUAGUCAGUGUGGAGGGCAUCAACCACGACAUCCGCACAGCCGCGGAUGGAGAUUACUGGCGUUUGCUGAACCCGGGCGAGUACAGCGUGACGGUGCGAGCCGAAGGCUACGGUCUCACCCGUAAAGUGUGUGAAGUCGGUUACGACAUGGGAGCCACGCAGUGCGACUUCAGACUCGCUCGCUCCAACCUGUCACGCAUCAAAGAAAUCAUGGAGAAGUUCAACAAGCAGCCAAUCAACAUGCGACGACCUCAACAGAGACGUCCGGGGACAUAGACGACGCUGUGUGAGGGACUGAAAGGGAACCCGGGUGUGUGCUGGACAUUCUGGACUGUUUUAGACUGUAUGAAGUCUGAUGGUGAAAAAAGAAUGAAUAAAGUAAUCAGAUAGAGAACUGGAUAAAGGAUAGUGGAUACACACAUAAAGGAUAGAGGAUACACACAUAAAGGAUAGAGGAUACACACAUAAAGGAUAGAGGAUACACAAGAGCCGCUUGGUUCUGUAGAAAAUAGAUUUUUGUUAUUUCAGGCUGUAAAUGCGCUUCAACACGAAGCUACAGAAAGAGCAAAGUGUCCAUUUUAUAUCGACAUAAGUGUUUUAUUCAGAAUUAAUAUAAUUACAGAGUGCAUGAACAGAGUUAUUAGAGAAUUAUAAACACCAAAACUGGCAUGGAAAUAAAACUCUCAGCAUUACUAUCCGUUUAAAGCAUGUUUUUCUGCAUUUAUUAUUAUUCACUGAUGUGGAGCAAUACGUCAAUCUAAAGAAGAAUAAAACCAUCCUGAAGUCGAUUAUUUUCCUAUAACAGCACGUCCUCAAGUGUUUUAUUCCCCUUAUACCACAGCAACGUGUCAGUGAGUACGAUUCUUCAAUUUACAUUUCAUUCUGUGCAACAUCCAAGUUAGUUCCUGUUCUCACUUCCGUUACAGCAGCUAUAAACAGUCGUUCCCUCAUCAGCUUCUCUUUUACUCUCUCGAAGUUAAAAAGAAUGCAGCUGGUUGUUUUUUGUUAGCGAGAAACUGCAGUGUUUUGGAAAACUGAAAGUUACAGCUUUACCUCUGGCUCUUAAAAAGCCCUGACACUGGAGACUCCUUCCAUAAACAUCUCCUUACAGAAAACUUCACCAUAUCACCAAUCUUUAGAAAUCUGUUUAUGUGGAGUGUCCACUGUACGAGUCCCUAUGAAUGAGUUGUUACCAUAGAAACGAUAGCGUAUUACAAUGAGGGCAUUAAUAUAAACCUGUGAUUUGUAGCAGAAGUUAAUUGAAAGCGAGUACAGGAGAAAACAAGGCAGUUUCACUGUGAAGCCUGUGUAAUGGCACUUAAACUGGUAAAAUAACGUUUCUAUCUACCUAUAGAUAUCUGACAUCUACAAUGAUCAGGGGUUCAGAUGAACUCAGACAGAUUUGGAGUUAAUACUGAUCCUGUUUGAUGCUUCAUUACUCACUCUUACUAUUUACUGACUGUAUCUGUUACAUUAAUGGAAAUGUUUAACUGAUAAACCUUACAAAUGGACUCCAAUAAACUCCUGGCAUUAAA